UUACAAGAAAUAUGUAAAUUAAUCCCGUGAGCUUUCCACAUUAAUCAGAUUUAUAUCGGUUACACACCCCCUCCGGUUUCACCAAAGUGGUUCUUUCCAGCAAUGGUAGAAGCAGCAUGGUGAAGGAGAACCCAGCGUGGAUCAACAACAACCACCGAUUCUGCGUUUUAACGGAUAUUUGCUCAUAACUGCCGCCUGUUGUUUGAGGUUUGCGUGUCAUUAAACCCGAUUAGCCGGAGGUCAGCGGAACAGAUUCUAUCACAACAUGCCUCACCGAAAGAAGAGGUCGUUCAUCGAGAAGAAGAAGGCCGUGACCUUUCACCUCGUCCACAGGAGUCAGAGGGACCCUCUGGCUGCAGAUGAGAAAGCCCCCCAGCACGUGCUGCUGCACGCCAACAAGGUCGAGCCGGACAAGAGGCGCGAGGAGCAGAGGGAGUUUGGCGUUUUCUUCGAUGACGACUACAACUACCUGCAGCACCUGAAGGAGGCGGCGCCCACCGCCGAGCUGGUGGCGGACGCGCCGCCGCCGCGCGCCGACAGGACCGCGCUUCGUCUCCAUGGCGAUGACGAUGAGGAGAGCUCGGAGGAUGGAGACCAGGACGUUCUUGACCCACAGGCCGCUUCCAUCAACCUGCCGUCCUCCGUGUUCGCCUCGGAGUUUGAAGAGGAGGUGGGACUUCUGAACAAAGCCGCUCCCAUCUCAGGACCCCGCCUGGACAUGGACCCCGACAUCGUGGCCGCUCUGGACGAGGACUUCGACUUCGCCGACCCCGACAACCUGCUCGACGACGACUUCAUCGCCAGGGCCAACACGGCGAGCGGCGCCGGCGACGGAGAGGACGACGACGAUGACGAGUGGGAGGACACGGACGAGGAGGACACGGACGAGGACGGCAGCCUGAGCUCCGGGGGGGGGCGGCUUUCGGGCGACGAGGAGCGCCGCGCUCGCGAGUUCCUGUUCAUGGACGAGGAGACGAAGAGCCGCUUCACCGAGUACUCGAUGACGUCGUCCGUGAUGAGGAGGAACGAGCAGCUCACCCUGCUGGACGACCGCUUCGAGAAGUUCUACGAGCAGUUCGACGACGACGAGAUCGGCGCCCUGGACAACGCCGAGCUGGAGGGCUGCAUCCAGCCGGACAGCGCGCGCCUGGAGGAGGUCAUCAAGGACUACUUCGUCCAGAAGGACAAAGAAUACGUGAAGCUGGAUGAAAUGGGUCCGAAGGAGCUCCCUGUCCUGAAGGAGGAGGAGGAGGAGGAGGACGAUGAAGACGACGAGGACAAAGAGGAAGAGAUGGAGAGAAUCGUCAUCAGGGCUCAGGACGAGAAGUGGGAUUGUGAAACCAUCAUCAGUACAUAUUCCAACAUAUACAACCGACCCAAAAUGAUUCAAGAGCCACCAAAGACAAAGCCCAUCCGCGUGUCCCAGAAGACGGGGAUCCCCCUGGACGUCCUCCCGGCCAAAGGCCUCACGGCCAAGCAGGUGGAGCGCAUGGCGCUGAUCAACGACUCGGACCUGCAGCGCGUCUCCACGCUGCCCCGCGACAAGGAGGAGAGCAAAGAGGAGAGGAGGGCCAGGAAGCAAGCCGUCAAAGAAGAGCGCAAGGAGCGGCGGGUGGAGAAGAAAGCCAACAAGGUGGCCUUCAAGGAGGAGAAAGUGCGGCAGGAGAAGCAGAUGGUGAACCUGAGAACCAACGCGCCGGGCCUGAAGCUGUAGUGACGGAGCGCCUCCGCUGACACUGUGGGGUGGGGGAAGAGGAGAAGGAGGAGGAGGAGGGGGGGUGAUGACACUCUGCUCCUCGGCUGACACAACGAGCCACAAACUGUGCCAAGAGGCUCGAGUCUCCUCGAGUCGUCGGGGCGUUGAAGACGAGCAGCGCAACGUCAUGUGACCUCCAACGACAGAUGUGUCCGAGACUCCUCCUCCCCCCCGAAUUACAAACACCACAUCUGGUCUAACAAUCAUUCACCCAUAUUAUUCUUGUGGAUCUCAAACCUGUGUUGAAAUCAGCGGGAGGUAAGCUAAUUAGCGUUAGCCGCGGCUCAGCUCUGCUAAAUGAUGGAUCUCUAAGCAGCUCAAUUAAACGUAAUUUAGCUGCUAAACAGACACACACAGGUGUGGCUGUGCCUGAAGUCCAGGUGAACUGAAGGCAGGUCUGGAACACCUCGUAUUGCUGAGCUUGAAAUACUCUUUAUUGCAGGGAUUCGGUGGAUCAAUUCCACGUGUGUGUGUGUGUGUGUGUGUGCGUGUACACUUGAGCAGUUAUUGUUGCUCCUCUAAAGGUCAAUAAUGAAACAAUAUGUUAAUAACUGAACUUUAUUGACGUUUGUUCUGUGUGAAGUGCCGUCAGUCAGAAAGCAAAUCUC